AUGACCCUAGUUAGUUUGUCUAAUACGGUUGAAGCCAAAUCAGUGUAUGACCUAAUCGAGACAGGUGAUUCUAUCUAUUCCCAGUACGACUUCUCGUUGAAGGACAGAUCAUAUUGGAUUGGAUUGCACAUGGAGUCUAGCCAAGGUGGAAUUUCAGAAUUUCAUUGGGGAGGUUGUUCGGUAGAUGGAAUGGCAACUAAUGUGUUUUCCGAUUUAACAGAUUACAGUUCGGCCACUGGUUGUGGAUUUUUAACCCAAAGUUCCGUCUUGAUGACCACUUGUCUUUCUUCUAUGUCGAAGUGUCUGGGCUUUAUCUGCGAAGGUGUAAAUUCCUGUUUUACAACACAUUCAACGACAUUCCUACCUCUUGGAUUCAGCAGUGAAGUCACUGCCAACUCUCGUGAUUGUGCCUCAUCCUGCUUAAGUGACCGGACAUGUGCUGGUGUCCACGUGUCGUCCGGAACCUCGUACAUUGCUCCGACGCCUACAUUCGUCACUACAGGGGACAAUUUAUCAGAGUCAAUGCAGACCGCGGAGGAAUCUCCAGCUACAGACACUGUGGUAGGUACUGCGACAAUAUAUCAUGUUGAUACUAGUGCCACAACAGAGGAAUUCGAUGUAGAGACCAUUCAGAAUAGUUUUUACACCACAACAGAAGAGUUCGAUGGAGAGACCAUUCAGAAUAGUUUUUAUACCACAACAGAGGAAUUCGAUGUAGAGACCAUUCAGAAUAGUUUUUACACCACAACAGAAGAGUUCGAUGGAGAUACCAUUCAGAAUAGUUUUUAUACCACAACAGAAGAGUUCGAUGGAGAGACCAUUCAGAAUAGUUUUUACACCACAACAGAAGAGUUCGAUGGAGAGACCAUUCAGAAUAGUUUUUAUACCACAAUAGAAGAGUUCGAUGGAGAGACCAUUCAGAAUAGUUUUUACACCACAAUAGAAGAGUUCGAUGGAGAGACCAUUCAGAAUAGUUUUUACACCACAACAGAAGAGUUCGAUGGAGAGACCAUUGCUAAUAGUUUUCAUACUACAACAAAAGACGUAGAUGGAGAGACCAUUUCGAAUACUUCUUAUGUAAAUAGUGACGUUAUGACAGAAGAAACAGUGACGUCAGACUUUGGAGGAACUACAAAGAAAAAAACAUCGAAACAUGACAACACCAUUGUCAAUGAGGAAGCAACAACAACAAAGGAACCCAUUACGGAAGGCAUGGUGUCACCAACGACAGAAACAAAUAUCUACAACACAAACGAAACAACAACGAAUGAAUGUGUCACAAACUUAACCAUAUCAGACUUUCUAAACACAACGAUACACCACACCACAUCCAAUUCUGACAUUUAUUCAGAAUUUAAAACCACCACUGUCACUGAUAUCGAAACACAAAAUAAUGAAUCUGUAAUCGUGCAUCAUUUAUCUUGUUGGGUAUGUGUUUGCAGAGAUAUAAAUGACACUCUUGAGGAGCGUAUAGAAAGGAUCAAGUCUGGAUUAAAACUGGAGAAAAAGACCUUGUCAUCAGCUAGAUAUAAGAGAAUUUCAGCAGAUGAUCCCAGACCAACUGCGAAAUACGUAGGAGUACUCGGCAUCUUUAUUAUGUGUGCUUUUGCUGUGGUCAUCAUUGGAAUGGAUAUUUUGCGAAUUUUACAAACUUGUGACAAGAAGCGCAAAAGAAAUAUAAUACAUACUAGAGAAAAACCCUCUUUUGCUUAAGGAAGUUAGCUCCUGGGCUUUUGAGCACUACUGCGCAGGAUGUUACAACUAAGUAUUUACUGGUUCAAUACUGAUCCCAUUGGUGCAAACAUAUUACACAUCUAUUGCUGAACCCUAUCCAGUUGAAAAUUUUUGUGUCAAUUCAAAUUUCUAAAGGGUUUGGAAGGGACUAUAUUUUGUGGCGGAAAAAUUCAUUAAUCAAAAAGAUAUAAAUCUGCAUGAUAUUACAGGGUUUUUUUAAUACAA